AUGAAGCGAAGAAUUUCACCAUCAUUGAACGAUAAGCGAACACGUAAAAUGUUAUCACUAAAAAUGAAAUUAGACGUGAUUCGACGCUGUGAACGUGGCGAACGACCUGUUGAUAUUGCGCGUUCAUUGAACUUAACUGAGUCGACAUUGCGCACAAUACGUUUAAAUGCGGAAAAAAUUAAGGCAAGUUGUAAAAAUUUAACACCAGAAAGUGUUACACAAUUGAGUCGAAGUCGUUCAACUUUAAUGGAACGCAUGGAACAUCAAUUAAUUGAAUGGAUUGAAGCAUGUAAUCAGCGUGAUGUGCCUUUGAAUAUCAUAGCUGUCCAAGAAAAGGCCAAGUGUCUCUACGAAAAAUUAAAACUGGAACAUGGUGAGACAAGUGCAAAGCCGUUUAUCGCUAGUCAUGGUUGGUUUGAUCGCUUCAAAAAUCGUAAUAACCUUGUUAAUUUGAAACUUUAUGAUGAUAGUGCAAGAAUUACAAGAAUUGCGUUGAACUCAAAUCCUACAGCCAAAAAUCUUAUUGAUUUAAAGCCUAGCGGCGAUACGAUAAAAAUUACAACAGUUGCGACAAAUUCAAAUAGUAUAGCCAACACAAAUUCGCCAUCAUUUCAGAAUAAUGAUAAUGGUAAGUCGGUUGAAAGAAAUAAUGAUAUACCGAAAUUCCUAAAAUUCAUGACUGAUAUGGUUGAAGACAGAGAUGAAUCAGAUAGCGAUAUGUUAUCAACGAGAAUGACUGUAAUUAAUGAACCAGUAGUUGCUGCUGAACCACGCGGAAUAAUCGAUGAUAAUCAAAUUGGUGGAGGUGGUGAAAUAAGAAUAGAUGAUGGAGAAAAUUCGUAUGUAAGUGCUACGGAAAAUAUUUUAUCAAUUGAACGAAUUUCGGCAGCAUUUGGUUUAAUCGAGAAGGCGUUAGAAAUUUUCGAUCGGGAUGAUCCAGAUAAAGCGCGAAGUUCGAGAGUUGCACGUUCGAUUGAUGCUAGUCUUUCCGACUAUAAGCAGAUAUAUGAUGAAAAAUUGGCUGCAUUAACCAGGUUAUCAGUGGAUAGAUUCAUACGAGACGCUAAGCCGACAUCUUCAACAGCUUUAAUGCAUAAUAAAUCUGAUUCAUCCGAAAUUUCUGCGAUUCAGAAAAUCAAUGAAAAACAAUUUAGUUCUUCUAAAUUAUCGAACCCACUGUCAAUUAAUGGACAUAAAGGACACACUAAUAUAAAUAAUAGAUCAGGACAUGAUUUUAUUCAACAGAAUAGUUCUCUAGUUCAUGAAUCGAUUGAUUCGAAUAAUUUCAGAUAUUUUCCUUUAUCUGGAUUAGCUGUGGAAAAUUGUCUUCUUUCAACGGCAACGGUUGGUGUUGGAUUUUUUCUCUAUUUUCGUCCACAUAUCUUCAAGUUAAAUCCAUGGCGUCGUGUUGAACACAGUGCUUUUCUCUCAAUUAUCUGGAAUGGCGCUCAUAAAACUAUAAUUGCAUCAUUACUUAGUUAUUUACUUCUUUCUCGAGGAUUUGCUUAUACCAAAUUACUUGAUUCGCGAUUUAAAUCAAAAUCAAAAUCUGAACGAAAACGAAAUGCUGAUAAAGUUCAAGUAUAA